UUUGAGCGGCCAAUCCGAUGGUAGGUUCACCUCCCCCUCUACCCAGAGUCACUGCAGCGGCGGCCGCCAUUUUAGCGUUUUGUCAGAAGCGUCUGUGCCGCGAGGAAGAGCGCCUGCAGACUUCCGUGCGGGCUGUGUCGAGAUGGUGAAGCUUUUCAUCGGAAACCUGCCCCGGGAGGCCACAGAGCAGGAGAUCCGCUCACUCUUCGAGCAGUAUGGGAAGGUGCUGGAAUGUGACAUCAUUAAGAACUAUGGCUUUGUGCACAUAGAGGACAAGACGGCGGCUGAGGAUGCCAUUCGCAACCUGCACCACUACAAGCUGCACGGGGUGAACAUCAACGUGGAAGCCAGCAAGAAUAAGAGCAAAACCUCCACAAAGUUGCAUGUGGGCAACAUCAGUCCCACGUGUACCAACAAAGAGCUUCGGGCCAAGUUUGAGGAGUACGGUCCAGUCAUCGAAUGUGACAUCGUGAAAGAUUAUGCCUUCGUACAUAUGGAGCGGGCAGAGGACGCAGUGGAGGCCAUCAGGGGCCUUGACAACACAGAGUUUCAAGGAACCAUGCAUGUCUUCUUCAUCACCCAGAUCCUGGCUCGUAGGAAUGCAAAUCACUGAUAAGUGAAUUCAGGAGCUUUUACUGUGAGGCUUCGUGGGACUCUGAAAUGGUGGUCUAUAACGAGAAGCUUGUUUUGGUGAAUAAAGGGGAUUUUGUAUACACAGUGUGCAGUUUUUCACAUAAGAACUGAAAUUUAGAAAUAAACACGUUUGUUCCUACUCAACUGUCCUCUUACAUUGACUGAAAACUAACCCUUUUCCCAGUAUUAUUUAUUCUGGGGCGAGUGAGUGGAUUUCCUAAGGGAAAAAUAUUUUGUAUGAUUCUGCAAGGCUUUUCUUCCUCCUCAUGUAAGAAACUUAUUUUACCAUUUAAACUGUGCUGUCCAGUACACUAACCACCAGUCACAUGUGGCUAAUUAUACUAAAAAAAAAAUGUUUCUCAGCUUCAUUAGCCACAUUUUAAGUCCUCAGUAGCUGCAUGUGGCUAAUUAAAAUGAACUCAGUUUCUCAGCUUCAGUAGCCAUGUGUAAAUUACUGAACAACCACAUGUAGCUAGUGGCUACAAGCUGGACAGCACAGUAAUAUAGAAUGUUUCCAACACUGCCAAAAGUUUUACUGGACAGUGCUGAUGUAGAACUAUUCUGCGGAAUCUAAUUUGUCCUGCCGGUGAGAUAGCAAUCAAGAUGGUUAAACUGCUAUGUUAAGUUAGCACAGAGGACUGGAGAUUUUGGUGAGGCCAGCAAAACCUUUAAAUAUUUCUUUCUUUGCCUGGUGCCUUGCAGAUUAAUUCCAAGGAAAUCUCAGUAUUUCCCUUUUGGUAAAACAGGGACAGUCCUGCCUCCUUGGGGAAUGUUGAAGCUAACAGAGGCCUUGUGAACUUCACUACUAGUUGGAGUGUGUACACAGACAGGUUAACCUCUCUAGAUUGCUGUCUCCUAGCCUUAAGAAAUCAGGGAAAAAAUCUGCUUCACCUGUGUCAGGAUUAUUUUAGGUAUAAAAUAGGUGGGGGAAAUGCUAUAUAAUUGUAGAUAAGAAUUCACAGAAUUUAUAUGUCACCAUUUCCAUGUAGGAUACAAUAAAGCUUAAGUAAGGUUGAGUUCAUCAUUAAACCUGUUUUGUGAGGAUCUAAGCAAUGAUAAUAAAUGUCCAUAAAUCUUUUUUUAAAA